GUGCGGAAGUACGAACAAACGAAAUGAGUCGUUUUUGACUUCAGGAAACUUUCGCCCUCAGCACAUUCAGAGCUCCGCCGCCAUCAAGCUGCCACCUGAAAACACAAUUUUGUCACGUUACGUUUUGCCCUCCUGUUGUUUCAAAAGCACGGCUGAGCCAUGGCCAGUAUCCAGAUACGGAAGUAUCGGGAUGAUGACGCCGAUUCAGUGAAGGAGAUCUUCACCCUCGGGAUGAGCGAGCACGUGCCUUCGUCCUUCAUGCACGUUCUGAAACAGCCGGCGACUCAGAUGGUGCUCAUGGUCACGUUCUGCGCUCUCAUGACCAGUUCCAAGUCCUUCCUGUUACCCAUCCUGGCCGUCACCCUCCUCCUGGCCGGGGCCCGCCAGUUUGUCGUCUACAUGUUCAGCAAGUACAUCGAAACCUCCCUCAAGAAGGACCUCAACAACAUCAGUGAGACCUAUUUGAAGCAGAAGGACUCGUGUUUUUGGGUGGCUGAGGUCGAUGGCCGGGUGGUCGGCACGGUGGCUUGCCUCCCGGCCGAGAAAGCGCCGGGGUGCUUGGAGCUGAAACGCAUGUCUGUACACCGCAGUCACCGCGGGAUGGGCAUCGCCAAGGCCUUGUGUCGGACAGUGGCUGAUUUUACUCGUGACAGAGGCUACGCGGCCGUCGUCCUCUACACCUCUGUGGUGCAGACGGACGCUCAGAAGCUGUAUGAGCACGUGGGCUACGAGAAAAUACAAGAGUUCGUCGUUCCUGAGCUGGCUGCCAAAAUCACAAACUUCACUCUGUACGAGUACAGACUGGAUUUACAGAGAGACGGCAAAAGAGACUGAACGGAGACACGCGAAGACUGUGACAUCUAAGGGCGAUGUGACCGUCCGGUCCUAUGGUUUCUAUGAUUAUGUUUUCCCAGCAUGCACUACAGUUAACCCUUUGGAACCUGGAUCAGCAUCACUUCUUUGUGCUGCAAUCAGACGCUUUUCACAAUAUCAAACCUUUGAACCCCGAGCAAAUCGGUUUGAUCACUUAAACAUGGGAAAAAGGCUGUGAGCAACCUGACAAAAAUGUCCUAUAAAUAACGCUAAAGAAGAAAAAUGGACUGAAAACUAUAUUUCUUAUUACCAUAAUUAUACUGUAUAUUUGAAAUUAUUUU